AUUUCGACGAUGGUUUUGCACAAAAUCUAGAGAAACUCGCGUAUAGUUGAGUGCAUCUAAUCCAGAAUAAUACACCAGAAAAUCAGUAUGGCUGAAUUUUGCAGUGAUAGUUAAUAGUAAAAUCAUCCAUAAUGUAUCCAUGUAUCGUGAAUAUACAACAUUCUGGUUGUGAACGUUGCAAAAAUCAGUGAUUUUUGUAUGGCAGUGCAGUGGCAAUCAGGUCUAGUGCGUGAAAUAAAAUGAAAAAUCGAUUUCUGUCAUCCGUCGUGCAACAAAAGUGAGAGUUGAUAUCCGGAGCUGUAAUCGACAUUUUGCAGGAAUACAUUUGCUGAACAGUGAACUUGUCAUAACUAUUCCUUCAUUUCGAGUCGAGAUAAUCGCAAAUCGAACGACUGAAACUGUUCCAGCACUUUUUGUAUACCGUGUGCAACAUCGCCGUUGGCAGCUGCAGACUGUUUACUGCCUAGUAAACACAAUCUACAGUAUUCGAGUUGAUGCAGAAAUGAGGGUGUAGGUCAUCUCUACCAGUUUCACUUGAGACUGGUACAUUGCCAGGGAAGCCUCAGAAGCAAAUCGAACCAGUUCCAAAGCACACCGCUGCAGGAUGCUGUUUUCAUUGUACAGAUAUUUUAAAAACAUCUAAAGCGCAAUUCGCGUGCUUAGACCUCUCACUCGUGAAGACUUAUAUUGGUUCCUGGUUUCCGUGCACCAAAAGUUGAGCAAACAUGAGCCAAAAGUCAUCAAGUGCCGCAACAGGCAACGUAAAUAGCUCGAAGCAAGCUGCACCAGCGAUUGCUACUUCGUCUGGUACGGUAAAUCCCGUUGUCACCACCGGAAAAGCAGUUGCUUCGAAAUCGAGUGUCGCUACUAGUACACCCAGUAAGGAGAGGUACAAAACGUCAUCAACGGUUCGUUCGUUAAAUUUCGAUGAUCAAGAACUUGAUCGGAAAAAUUCUACUGGUUUGAACAGUAGUGACGAGCAGAAGAAUGAUUCGAUGGCGAUACAGGUCGAGGAGCUGAAGGCGAAAGUACCAACAGAGGCGGAAGUUAAAGUAAAAGUUGUUUCAAAUGUAUCAUCCAAACCGUCCGUUGUUAAGAAACACGAAGCCCAACAACAACAGAUCUCGGUAAUUUCGAAUUCACCCAUACCGCCAUCAACACCCACAAAAACAAUUACUAGUCCAGCAGUCGUUUCCGCUUCGAAACCACCGCACAGCAGUAGUCCAAAGCAGGCCCUCGAAUCCGAACCGAAAUCUCACGGAAGUCCUUCGAAAGGAAGUUUGAAAAAAAUACAAUCGGUUAAAAUCGAUGAAGCACCCAAACCUGCUUUACUGCUAAAGUCAUCCUCUGUUCCUGGGCCAGCUCCCGCGGUAGCAGCUAAACCAGCUGCUAACAAAACAUCAAACGCACCAACGACGCUACCCGGCCACCCGAUAAGUCAGCUGGCCGCAGCACCUGUGAUAACGACUGCAGCACCAUCUCCAACGGCAACGACCGCUCCCCCAGCAUCCGUGAUUUUACGUCCUUCAUCAGGUUCCAGUUUGCAAAAAUCAGCUUCCUAUCGGAAAUCCUCGUACAAACCACAGCACUCGCAUUCUCUGAGAUACUCGGGCAGUGGUAGCGACAUUUCCAACUUGGUUCGUGUUCGAAAUUCUACUUUGGGAAAUUCAGCUCCCACUCUGUCGAUUACGUCCAAGGAGGGUGGUUUCGGUCAACGUCGUUCAACGUCCUCUUCAGCUGCUCGGAGCGGUGCAGUCGCACGCCAUAGAUUGAGCUUUGUAGCUAAUAUCUCGCCUCGAUCUCACUCACCCAUACCGGGAAGUCCGAUCGAUAGUCCACGGAUCAGCUCACCGAACAUCAUUCACUUCCCAUUCGUUCCGAUCAAGCGGAUCACCAACAAAAACAGUGACAGUCGCCGAUGGUCGGUAGCUUCAUUGCCAAGUUCUGGAUACGUCACAACACCCGGUAGCUCCAACAUCUCCUCUCAGUGCUCAAGUCAAGAAAAGCUGCAUCAGUUCCCUGCCGUACCGACGAAUGAUGAUCUUUAUAUGCUUUCCCUGCAUUUCUCCAGUAAUGAUAGCAAUCCAGCAAUGGAUGGUCGCAGUUUACAUCAAUAUCAAAACUUCCUGCAUCAUCAACAUCACCAUACGGCUCAUCAGAACAAUGUCGUAUCUCCGCAUGUCCUACAGCAUCAGCACUCUCAGCAGCCACUCAGUCUUCAGUCACAACCGACGCACUGCAACAGUCCACAUUCGGUCAAAUCCACCGGCAGUUGCAAAGAUGAACUGAACAACUUUUGUGGUUGUCGUUCGCCGGUUCACCGGCCACGUUCGCGUAGUCUAAGCAGUCCAUCACAUUCACCAAUAACCGACAACGAAAUAUCACUGAUGAACACCUUCUACAAGGAGCGCUUUCCCAAGGCUACCCAGCAGAUGGAAGAACGCCUGUCGCACUUCAUAAACGAGAAUAAAAACAUCAUAAACGACAGUGCGCGCAUUUCCCAACCGAUCGUUCGGUUCGUGCAACAUCAGGUCCUGGAGAUGGCCCGAGAUUGCCUGCAUAAAUCUCACGCCAAAUUGAUCACGUCCCGCUACUUUUACGAGAUGAACGAAAAUCUCGAACGUUUGCUGAUGGAAACUAAAGAAAAAUCUCCGGAAGCAGCCACGGAAAUCACUGGCGUAGUGAAAAAGUUACUCCUAAUCAUAUCACGCCCGGCACGGCUACUCGAGUGUCUAGAGUUCGACCCGGAAGAGUUCUACCGUUUGCUGGAAGUUGCAGAAGGGCAGGCCAAAGUUACGCAAGGAAUCAAAGCCGACAUUCCACAAUAUAUCAUCCAAAAAUUGGGUCUGAACCGGGACCCGAUCGCCGAGUUGCAGGAAGAGUUAAUCGAAUCCUGUUCACUGAAUUCAUCCAUUAAUGAUUCAUCGGAUAACAACAAUUCUUUCUCGCCAAAUCAUUCCUUUCUUGGCGAUAGGGAUGACCUCAACCGAACCGGAUCUAUAACAUGUUCCACUCCGAAAGGAGCCGGGUCGUUGAAUAGCAGUAUCAGCAAUACCAACGCUAGCAGUCAAUUGAAUGUUAGUAAUAACAACAACAGCAACAAUAACAACAACAGCAGCGGUUCGAUAGUGGGUAGCGGAAACAAAUGUUUCAAAGCACGUACGACCAGUGCCGUUCCGAAUGAGAAGGACUACGACAUACUAAAGCUUAUUUCGAACGGAGCUUACGGAGCGGUUUAUCUGGUCAAACACAAGCAAACCAGACAACGGUUUGCGAUGAAGAAAAUCAACAAAAACAGUUUGAUGCUCAGAAAUCAGGUUGAGCAGGUGUUCGCUGAGAGGGAUAUCCUAAGUUUUGCAGAUAAUCCUUUCGUGGUGAGCAUGUACUGUUCAUUCGAGACGAAAAAACAUCUGUGUCUGGUAAUGGAGUAUGUCGAAGGUGGAGAUUGUGCGACCCUACUGAAAAGUCUUGGUCCUUUGCCGUCGGAUAUGGCACGAUUUUACUUCGCAGAGACAGUUCUGGCGGUGGAGUAUCUGCACAGUUACGGUAUCGUACAUCGAGAUCUAAAACCAGACAAUCUGCUAAUCACAGCACUGGGACAUAUUAAACUAACCGAUUUUGGUCUAUCGAAAAUGGGAUUGAUGUCGUUGGCUACCAACCUGUACGAAGGAUAUCUCGACAUUGAAACAAGACAGUUCUCGGAUAAACAGGUAUUUGGCACUCCGGAGUACAUUGCACCGGAAGUGAUUUUGAGACAGGGAUACGGGAAACCGGUGGAUUGGUGGUCUAUGGGAAUUAUUUUGUACGAAUUUCUGAUUGGCUGUGUACCGUUUUUCGGUGAAACACCGGAGGAAUUAUUUGCGCAUACAGUUAACGAUGAUAUCGAGUGGCCAGAUAACGAUGACUGGCCUAUUCAGGAUGAAGCAAAAGAUCUGAUUACUGUCUUGCUACAGCAAAAUCCAAGAGAUCGUCUAGGAACGGGAAGUGCACAUGAAGUGAAAGAGCACUUCUAUUUCCAUGGACUUGAUUGGAACAAUCUGCUGAGACAGAAAGCAGAAUUCGUCCCUCAACUGGAUAACGAUGAAGAUACGAGCUAUUUCGAUACACGAGUUGAUCGAUAUAACCACGAUAUCUGUGGAGACGAUACCGACGACAUGGAAGAUUCUCCACUGUUCGGCUCGUUUAGUUCGUAUUCACCACAAUACAGAAAACAGCAGAGCAUCACCACAAGCAGCAAUCCGUCUUCUAUCGCACCGCAACCAGAGCAGCUUGCUGCUCCGUUGACGGGAUCCAAUGUGCCGUCGUCUGUGACACCGAAAGAAAAACACCAACUGCCAUCUCUGUUUGAAGAUAGUUUCGAUAUGCUCCAACAAAAGCAACCGAAACCGGUUAGUGAUAUUAGUAAGCUUAUUAUAACACCGGAACUGCGGAAAUUUAACAUCAACCCCUCGAAGUAUAAGAUGCCAUCAACGCCUGAUCUGGACUAUCUGCCAGAAAUGACAACGCCCGAUCGAGAAGAUUUCAUUAGUCAUCUUAACCUACGACCACACGUCCAACAGCCGGUAGCUACCACUCCGGAUACACCGGAAACCAACAAACGUUUCAGUGAUUUCUAUCCCCUGUCCUCCUUAAAACAGCUUUCGACGCCGGAGUCUUCCCAGACGGAUAGCGAUGACGUAUCGCCCCAAAUUCAACGUAAACGCAAGAUUGUGCACAGUCGAGGCAUUUUACCCAAGUUCUCCAUAUCCAUUGAAGACGACCAGAGUGGUCAUGAGACAUCAUCAUCCACUCCUUCCCAGAUAGUAGCUUCAUCGCCGUCCUCGUCGCUCAACAAUCUCAACAGCUCACGGCACAUUGUCAAGAGUGCGUCGGCGCUUGGUUUGUCGCUAAUGACCUCGUCGGAUGAUUCCUCAACUGCGAUAACUACCAUCGGAAGUGGACCACGAGGAGGUCUGCACAAUAUUACGACAACCGCGUCGAACCUAUCAUCCUCGUCCGGAUGUAGUACCGGCAUCACCUCGACCAUGCAUUCCGCCGGAAACUGUUCCAGUACGGCCAGCUCACGGGAUACUUCUCCGUGUCGAGAGCUAAGCCCUCUAGUCACUAAUCUUAAGCCACCGUUGAUCAUUCGAAGAGGACCUCGUGGAUUUGGAUUUACGGUUCAUACAAUUCGCGUUUACUACGGUGAUACGGAUUUCUACACAAUGCAUCAUCUUGUGAUGGCAGUAGACGAAGGUAGUCCAGCAUUCGAAGCUGGGCUACGACCAGCGGAUUUGAUUACUCAUGUCAACGGAGAAGCGGUCCAAGGUCUCUACCACACUCAAGUGUUACAACUUUUACUGAGUGGAGCCGAACUGGUUAGCUUGCGAGCUACUCCACUGGAGCACACUAGCAUUCAGAGCGGCGGUAGGAAACGUGAGCCCUGGCAAAGUAAAUUCGCCAAGAAAAGCACACACAGUCGGCGCAAGCAGAAAAAGGACAACGAAAAAAAGCGUAAAACUUCAUUGUUUCGACGAAUCAGCAGUAAGCGAGCCAGUGCAGAAAUGCAGCAGAUGGUAGCAGGAAUUCAAUCGCCGACCUCCGUUCCUCCAAGUAGAAGCUUCCAGUCGUUUACCAGAUUCCAAGGUAGUCAACCGAACCUAGCCGUUGCUGGCAAUAGCCUACCAGCUCCCAUCCAGCAGGUGCCAACAACAUCACUAACAGCAUCGCCUGUGAAUCGCCUAAGCCUAUCGCCACUAAACACGAUCAACACUUUUCAACCGACUCCGUCGGCAUCACCAAGUACUUCCGCUCCAAGCACACCGACAGGAACGCUUACCUACAACGAAGGAGCUCCCCUGUACCAGCGACCAUCUACACUGCAUGUUCUGAAGCACAAAUUACACUCGACGCCAUGCGCUAACAGUAAAGCAUUACAUUCAACAGCAGCCACGGGACGACCAAAUCGACGAAAAUCUGCUGAUCAUAUGCCACUUUCACCGUUGGCUAGAACACCCAGUCCAUCUCCGUUGCCUGCAUCACCAACGCGUUCUAGCAGCCCAUUGGCAUUCCCGGUCGUUCAUCCACUCGGAUCAUCAAAUACCACUCAGUCGUACAGUCCCGGAGUAUUGCCGUGUGCUUCGACCGUCCUUCCACAAGCUAUAGUGCCAGGAAUCGUAGCAAUCGGUGGCUCGUCUACGCCACCAACGACGAAGAAAGGUUUCCCUCGAGCCAAAACAGCCGAACCCAGCUCACCAUUGCUCCGUCGAGCUUUAUCCCCGGAUCGCCUGCAUCCACGAACCGCCGAAAGUAAGUGCGUACUGUCGCCACUCUGUUGCAACACACCACUAAAAACACCCCGUCAAGUGACUGGAAUCUGGCGAUCGAAUCAGAACUCUACCAUCACAACAGCAACACCACCAUCGACCGCGGGUACGGUCUCGAAUGUUGCUCCAACAACAGCCAACUCAACGGCAACGAGUGUAACCGGAGGGUCUCCCCUAGCAAACAGUGGCACUCCAGCGCUUCAUCCGACCGUUACAUCGUCAGCAUUGGCAAUGGUUACCAGCACCAACCCUGUGGCGGCCAAGGUCGUCACACCCAGUCCAUCGGCGAUCACGGCAACAACAACAAUGGCCACCGCGUCUGCUGGGCCCUCGAGCAGCACUACUCAACAAACGUCACCACAACCGCCGCAGCAACCAUCUCUUUCAAGUAUGGUCGAUAAAUUGAGUGUUAAAGAUGCUCCCUAAAAACAAAUACAAUAUUCGCUCCUGUUGAUGAUCAUAAUUUACAAUUAUUUGCAUUAUUUGAUUAUCUAGUAUACGUCGUUUUCUUUCCGUUUGAUUAUUUUUACUGUGGAAAACAAAUAGAACGCAACCAGAAGUAUGUUUAUCAUUUGACUUUUGUCCUUGGGGGAAGAAGUUACGAAGCACUGCUAGGAUGAUUGAGCACAGAUAGUUAUUUGAAUUUGUAAGCAAAAGUAUAGCUAGCGGAAAGUUAACUGUUCAGAGAGCAAGAGAAUGGCAACAGAUGGUAAUCAAGAGACACAAUUAUAUUAGGUCAUAGAAGAACUAGUUGCACCGAACUUUGAAUGUAUAUGUUAGUAAUUUUGUGGUAGUGGAACUGAGAAAAUAUAAAACCAAUUACGAUUUAUCGAGUUUAAGAAAUUCUAGGGUUACAAUAAGUAAUAAAAAAAGGAUUUAAAUUUGUGUGAUAUUUUUCAAGAAAAAUAAAACUACGUAGGAAGUAAAAAUUAUUGUUUACAGGACAUAGACACUAGGACAUAAUAAAGCCACGAGUACGCAAGUAAUGCAAAUUCGCAAACCACUACAAAUGCUACUAAACAAUUUACUCCCCGCAAUAUCAAAUCCUAGAAUAAAUAGACACGUUGUUGCAACCACAGCCUGAAACCAGAUAGUUCGCAAGUCACUGGAUCAAGUUUGAUAUUUUCAUUUAAAACAUUCGAUCAAAAUCGUGCUGUCGUUUAGAACUUACGGCAAUGGUGCUAAUUAAGUAUCCUGGCUUCGGAGAUGGACUAAGCGAUGAUUACUCAAUAGCAUAGGAUGGUUCUUUCGUCUCUAAGCACACAGAACAUAGUGUGUGAGAUAGUACAGUUUUGUUUUUAGUUAAAAAUUUGAUGAGAUGAUUUAAAAUUCAAUGAGAUCAUUUAAACCCAAUACCAUUGUACUGCUGAAGUCUUCAGUUUUCAAGUACAUUUCCAACAUCUUCUGACUCCGUCUGGUAAUGUUGUUGAUCUAACGUUUAAUGUGCUUAUUAAUUCAGUAUAUUUUUGCACACAAACCAAAAAGCACAGUUUGCCAUUUCGGCCAUUGACACGCAAUGUUGAUUCGAAAUUUAAUAAACUUGCUUAUGAGUAAGAGUGCAGUAAAUAAUAUCCCCGCUAAAAGAUGUUCUUCGUUGGAGACGCGUGGUUUUCUCAUUGGAGUCUUAUUUCAUUCUCGAAACUUCUAUUUCGAGUGGUAAUGAUGUAUUUGUCCGAUUAAUAAAAAAAAAGAAAUCAUUAUAACUAUCACCACAAAGUUCAUUAACAGUCUGAUGUUAGUCCGGGUUGGUGGUUUUUCUCCAUAUUUAAUACCAGGCAAAUAAUGCUUUUAAACAUUUUAUACUCUGCAACUUUACUGAUGUGUAAAUAAGAAAUUUUGGCACAUGGAACACAGUGGCCCUUAUUAUUGGUAUAAUUAAACGGCCUCAAACUUCGUAUUUAUGCAUUUCAGGAAAAGUUAUAUAGAAUCGAGAAAUAAAAAAAAUCUACCUUGCGCCUUUAAGGGUUAAAUUUAUUAAUCGAAAAGUUAUUGCUUUAAAUCAUAUGAUAAUCUUCUCUGUCCAACCAACGAAAAUGUUCAAGCUUGAUCUAAUUGACAAGAGCCGAACGAACUAACUAAUCUAUCACCAAGUAAUGAAUCACCACCCGUGAUACCUACGAAUUAACCUACAAUUGGCCAAUCCAUUGCUAGUCCGGAGCUAGACAGUAAGUGCUUCAUGUGCGGUUAGAACAGCUUCUGAUAAUCUCCCUAUCCAUACGCCUACAAAUUGAUAACAUAUAGAAAAACAAAGGAAAUCAUCCCACCAUAAAGUAAGGAGCGCUGAGCACAUUUACACGCGAUACUAGAGUAUGAAAACUUAAAAUCGAUCGAUAGCUGGCACGGCACGUGAUUGUAGGAAAAAAACAAGAGUGAUGUGAGUCCAGUAUAAUACCAAAAUUAAAUCCAAACUCCUCGCUAUCGGAACCACAGUAGCAGUAAUCCGCCACACAACUGACAGCCAACAAAAUUAUUAUUCAAUAUUUCAACAAACAGGCAUAACAAUGCGCAAUAGAUGAAUAAAUAGAAUGUAGUGGCACUCAUGCCAAAUUUAUACCACCAUAGCCCAGAUGGAAGAAAGUUGAUAGGUCAAUAGAGAAACGAAAAUCAACGUGUGGUGAAAAUGUGCAACUUUUUCAAGAAGAAAGAAUCGAUAAAUAACCUUACUUUCCCAGCAUUAUAUCGUUGUUGUUUUUUGUUAGCAUUCUAAGUUCGAACAUUUUUGUUAUUUAUUCUUUUAUUGAUCCGCUUGAAAAGACAUGGCGCUCAUACGAUUGAGGACAAAAAAUGUGCGCACCAAGCGCUUAGUUCGUUAAGUACAACUCUUUGCUGGUAAUAAACGGAAAAAAUUAUCGAACCCAGAAAAAGUUCAUCGCGAAAACUAGACAGGUAUACAAGCAGGUUCAAUACCAUAAUCACUUAUCAGUGUUGCCGCAGUGUAAUUAUUUCUUAUAGUGGAAGGACAACACGACGAAAGAUGAUGUCAAUAAAUGGGAUAGUGGAAGCGUACUUGUUCGAAUUGAACUCUGCAAAGCACAA